AUGACUUAUGAUGACUUGAGAGGAAAUUUACUUGCGUUUGGUAACACUUAUUUGAAAAAGGACACAAAAAUAAAAGGAUUAGCUCUCAAAUCUGUUACUAACCCUCGGGAUGAUGAAUUCAGUGAUAACUCUUCUGAAAAUGAAUUUGUUUUGUUUGUAAAAAAAUUUAGGAAAAUGGUGAAACUGAAGGAAAGAAGCAAAAGAAACAGCUCAAGGAAACAAAAGAAAGAUUUCAGCAAAGUGAUCUGCUACAAUUGCAAAGAGACUGGGCAUUUCAAAUCCGAUUGCCCUAAGUUAAAGAAGGAGGAGAAGCCAAAGAAGGGAAAGAAGAAAGGACUGAUGGCUUCAUGGGAAGACUUAGAGAACGACUCAGAAGAAGAUGAACAAUCAGAAACCAAGUCUCAAACGUGUCUCAUGGCAGAUCAUGUUGAACAGGUAGUAUUUCAUUACCCUGACACUGAAGAUCUUCAUCUCACAAUCGAUCAUCUUUCUGGAAAAAUUAGAUGCUUCUUGCUUGAAAACCAAGAUCUUGAAUCACAAAUCACUAUCCUUAAAGCUGAAAAUAGUUUUCUCAAAGAUAAAUUAAGGGAGGCUGAAACUGCUAUUGAACUUGUUGAAGAAAACAAGCAGUUAAAAGCUCAACUUAAAAGUUGUGAAUACCACCAUUCUGUGACCGCAAAUCUGAACUACUUUGAAGAAAAUGAUUGGCUGCAUAAAGAGAUAAGAAGGCUUAAAGAAGACUUAGCCAAGUUUACUCAAAGUUCUAAAAAUCUAAAUCAACUCUUGACUAGUCAAAAACUUCUUUAUGAUAAAACUGGUUUGGGUUUUCAUAAAGCCUUAAAAUCUGUUUGCCUAGCAUCCAAGCGGAAGGACAAUAUGUGGUACAUGGAUAGUGGAUGCUCUAGGCAUAUGACCGGAAAGGCAACCUUCUUCAUUAAGCUUGAUGAGUAUGAUGGAGGGUUUGUCACUUUCGGUGACAAUGGAAAAGGAAAAAUAGUGGCCAUUGGAAAAGCUGAAGCUGUAAAUACAGCAUGUUAUAUUUUGAAUAGAACUAUCAUUAGAAAGGGUUUAAAGAAAACCCCUUAUGAGCUAUGGAAAGGAACCCCUCCUAAUCUUAAGUACUUCCAUGUUUUUGGAUGCAAAUGCUUUGUACUUAACAAUAAAGAAAAUCUGGGUACAUUUGAUCCAAUGUCCUAUGAGAGAAUGUUUGUUGGAUACUCCACCACUAGCAAGGCCUAUAGAAUUUACCUUAAGGAACAUAGAACCAUAGAGAAAUCCAUACAUGUGUCUAUUUGUGAUUCUAAUUCAAUUCCAAGUGUUAUGGUAGAUGAUGAUGAUGAUGCAGGUUGUGAAGAUUUUAUCAAUCAGGAAGGAAGUGAAGAAAAUCCCAAAUCUGUCCCAAGUGAAUAA